AUGUCCAAUUUCCAACCCCCUCCCACCGUCCUACUCCCCCACCUCCCCGCGAAAACCCUCGUCGGUAUAGAUCUAUUGAGCUUCACGUCGACGGAGCAAUUCCACGGAAUCACCGAUUUACCUGCUGGCUGGCAUUUUUUAUACACUGGCACAACUUCGAAUUUCUCGUUGCGGUGCGGGGCGUGGUUCUAUGUUGGCGAUAUUACACACGUCGAGCAUACACAUGCACAGAGCCAGAACGACGCCCACGACCAACAACCCAUUGUGAGAGCGCAGGGGUGGGAGGUGCGGAUUUGGAAGUGGAACGGAGAGACAGAGACCUUACUGCCCAUGCUCAGCAAUACGGAUGAGAAUCGUCUGGAGAUUAUGCGCUCCAAAGCGAAUCUCGGACGGCUGAGGCAGAUGGGGGCUUUGUUUGGGUACAGAUCCGAGCAGGCGCAGGAAGGAGAUAUUAGGCAAAGUGACUGGGGGAAAUUGACGGAUCGGUUGUCGCCGCAAAUCCUGUCAAGGAUAGUGGGUGGUGAAGCGCAUAUUGAUGACGACGGCCGGCCGAGUUGGAGUAUAACCUCCGCGAGCAGUGCGGCGCGAGACGCGGAGCAUAUACCGGGGCUCGGCGCCCAGGAAGCAUCCAACGUAACUGGGAGAUUCGGCAGUGAGAAGGAAGAAAAGGAGUUACAGUUUCUCCCCGUUGAUUUGAAACGGACAUGGCGAGAGGGCGCAAUCGGACGAGAGAGGACCGAAGCGGCGCAGGACAGAUCGUGGGCGUUGGGGGAUUUGAUACAGCGGUAUAAUAAUACAGGGCCAUCGUCGUCAGAUCAAAGACAGGGAGAGAAUCAUAUACUCGGAGAACUGCAGUUUUGUUUCCUGAUGGUGUUGACGCUGAUGAAUUACUCGUGUCUUGAGCAGUGGAAGCGAUUGCUAGGAUUGAUUCUCACCUGUCGGAUGGCGAUUAGAGAACGAGAGGGGUUUUUCAAGGAUGUGCUGGAAUUAUUGCUAUUACAAUUACAGCAUUGUAGAGAUGUUGAAGGGGGUUUGUUUGAGAUGGAUGGAGAUUAUGAUGGGAAUUUUCUGAGGAAAUUAUUGACCGGGUUUCGGCCAUUGAUGAAUGAGGCCUUGGAUGGUGUGGCUGAUUCUGUGGUGAAAAAUCAAAUGGAUGCUCUAGAGCAAUGGGUACGGGCAGAAUACGGAUGGGAGUUGCGCAAGGAAUCAAUAAUGCGUCGAGGUAUGAUGCAGCUUGAAGAUGGUGAGCAGGUGGAAUUGGUAAUGACGGGUGCUGACGAAGAUGAUGAGACUGGCGAGUAUGCUCCUGUGAUUGUUGAUACGGGCGAGGGUGAUGGUACUGCUGCAUCUGACGCAGAUCAUGAUAUAGAGAUCAGCACACCUGUAAAUUAA